GAGUUCUACCUGCAGCGGCUGGCCAAGGCGGAGCCCGCGGCGGCCGCCCGGCUCGGCGCGGGGGCGCAGGGCGCCUUGACUGCCGGCGAGCUGGGGCAGACUCCCUUCCGGGCGAGCCAGGUGCGCAGGCCGACCUUCACCCGGGAUGUCGCGGAGCAGGGCGAGGAGGAGGACCUGGAGAUCAUGUGCAACAACUGCUUCACCCUCAUCCGCUCGUCCGAGGCCGCAGAGCACGGCAACACGUGCUUCUUUAACCUCAGCAGGCUCGCCCAUGGAGGGCGCGCGCGGGCGGGGUGCCUCACGGGGCCUUUCGCUGGCCGCGCCUUCGAGCGCGGGCCGCUCAGCCUGGCCUGCAUCUGCGGCCCGCCUUCGGGCCACCUCGGGCCGUUCCUGGCUAAAGGUGGGGGAGCGUGA